AUGGAUGUCGACACAUCAUGGAGGCGAAAGAGGCCUGCAGAAGAGGAAGAAGACUACAUGGCCUCGAAGCGGUACAUCUCAGAGAAGUUCUUCAACAUGCGAAUUUCCCACCCCGACGCGCCUGGGCUGCAUGGAGCCGGCUUAAUGUGGCAAGGAGCAGCGGACAAAGCCGCUGGAGUAGGCACUGGCGACUUGGCGGCGGAGGCGGGAGUCGACUGCAGCAGCAUGUCUGACGAGGAGGACAUUUCGACGGCCACGGGCCAGCGUCCACCCGCAGCCGCCCCGAGCGUGUUCAGCGAAGGCGCCGCCUUCGGCAACCUCGCCUCGCUCGACGAAGACGACGAUGCAAGCGGAAGCGAUGACGGUGCCGGCGACGCCUCCUCGGCGGGGGGCGGUCCGCCGACCCCGCACCCGUUCCUGCGGUCGACAUCUUCGGCCAUCGACGAGAAGGUCGACGACUGGGUGCGCACCUCUCGGCACCGGAUGCUGGCCGACGCCUCCAUCAACUCCGCCCCGGACCUCUGCCGCGCUCUGAUCCCCUACCAGCCUGUGGCCGGCUUGAUGCCGUCGGCGGCGCCCGCCGCGGAUUCUACCGGCGACGAGGAAGGCCGGACAUCCGGCUACGACAACGGGGAGGCCGGUGGGGAUCCUACGCCCUCACCACACGCAGGUGGCAACGGCGGGGGCGACACUGCGCCGGCCGCCGCCGCCGCGGGCGCGGGGCUGGGAGCGGUCAUGCUCGGGGGGGGACGCGGUUGCGAGCAAAGCGCGGGGAGUAGCACCGCCGAGGCGGCGGGUUUCGCCGGCGCUGGCGGUAGGACCGGCGGCCAUUCCCACGGGUACACCAACGGCAACGGCGGUGAAGGCGGCUCCGACCAGGGCAAGGGCCGAAAGCACCUCCACCACCACCACCACGACGUCGCCGGCAGCCUCUUCGGGCCGCCGCCUCGAGGACUCUGCACCGCGCAGUCCGGCGGCGACGACGCCGGUGGCGCUCUGAUGAUGCGCGACGACAGCGGGGCGGCCUCGAUGCGGGAGGACAGUGAAGCGGCCAUGCGAUUGCGGGACGGCGAUGCGGGGGGGAGGGGGGAUGGAACUCUUACGGCGGCGGCGGCGGCGGCGGCGAGCGCGGACGCGAUGGACAUGGACGGGACGGACAUGGCGCCCCCUGACGCCAUCCCGUUGUCAAGGAUCGGGUCCAGCCGAGGGGCGCCGACACCGGAGCUGACGCCGGAGAGGGCGGCGUGGGCGCGGGCGGCCCCUCAGCGGAGACGCGAAGCCCGGGGUGAGGAGGACCCUGACGAGAUCGCCGGCGCCACAAACGCAAGACCACCGCUCACUGCACAGUCCUGGGCACAACGGUGGUGACCACAAGCCGGAGGAUGGGUUUCCGAGGUGCUGCCAGCUGGAUGGCGGGAAGACGCGACUGGUCGACGGGCUUUGUGGCAAGAAGAACCUGUCGAAUUCUUGUGGGACGUAUUUAGGAAGAAUCGUCUGGAUUGCCGGGUACUCCUUUGGAUUGCGGAGCGACUGGGCAUUCACCGGAUUCUGCUUGCUUGCGUUUUCUUGGCGGACUGGCGGUACCGGCGGUGCCAUCCAUCCGUUGUUUCUUCGGUGCAACCUCAUGGUCAAACCGGCGUUUUUAGUGAAUUUUGUUGAUUGUAUUCACCCGACAUUUUUUGCCCCUUCUCUUUUUUUCAGUGGUGUUCGUUGUUCGUGCAGGGGGAACUGACGCCCAAGGUCGCCUUGUUUUGUAAGCUUCCCCCUGUUCGGUAAAUUGAUACGACGUUCCUCUUGUUUUAGUGCUGUGUCGUUUUGGUUGGGGGCUUGGUAGGCAAGCUCGUCUUUGGUAAUUUUUGUGGCGCAGUUGCAAAUGGGUCGCGUCUGAGUUGUUGGCAUCGAUAAGGCCGCGUCUGCGAACACGUUUUUCGCCGAUCGAUGUGCUUCUGCUCUCGUUUUUUGCCGUAGACGCUCGCUCCUUCUCCCCCGGUCGUGAUCGUGAUCCCCCCGGCAGGAGAUGAACUACUGUAGGCGGCCAUCUUGGUAUCUAGUGAAGUUAGCUAUUGAGCGCGGCCAACAGCUCCACUGUUUGCCCUACCCUCAUUGGCGGUCGAUUGAUGAUUUGUGUCUUGUGGUGGGGGGUAUGCAUCCAAUCAAAGGGUUAGGUUUCACGCCAUGUGGUGGUGGUGUGGCGGUGGCGUUGAUUUUUCUUUGGGUACUUAUUCGCGCUUCCGUCCAUGUAGUAACGCUGGGGGCCGGGAUGCCGCCAGGUGAGAGCGUGUUUUUCUUCAUUUACUUGUCAUGUCCCACCUGUUGUGUGUGUUGUGCUCUAGAAAGUUUGUCCGCAUUC